UAGCUUGUCUGCUACAGAAAUAAACCUCCUUGAUGCAGACACAGCGGAGAGAGGGUGUCCGCAUUGACUGUAAACGCUACAACGGUUAACCGAGGUCGUGUGGGUCAACAGUAGGAUUUUAUCAAGAAUAAACAGUUAAAUAACAACCUGGAGGAGAAGCUAAAAGUGUCAGCAUUUUUUGAGAGGUCUUAGAAAGGGGGUCUUCAGACAAGCUAGCAUAGACGCUAUAUGUGUGAAUUAGUUCAUUGGUGUAGAUUAAACCGAUAGAGGCUGUUUUAACACCACGGUUCAUUGAAUCGCUGAAAAACUAUUCAGACACCGUAAAGGUAAUAUUUACUCAUUUUUCAGCUGAAGUGACGAGGUGAAGAGCGGCGAUGGACUUCGUUGCUGGCUGCAUCGGAGGUGCUGCUGGAGUCUUGGUUGGACAUCCAUUUGACACAGUUAAGGUGAGACUACAAGUCCAGAGUGUUGAUAAGCCUCUGUACCGUGGGACCUUUCACUGUUUCCAGUCUAUCAUACGACAGGAGUCGAUGUUUGGUUUGUACAAAGGCAUUGGAUCCCCCAUGAUGGGCCUUACAUUCAUCAAUGCCAUAGUGUUUGGUGUCCAGGGGAACACCAUGCGGCUGCUGGCACAAGACACCCCCAUGAACCAGUUUCUAGCUGGUGCAGCAGCAGGUGCCAUCCAGUGUGUCAUCUGCUGCCCCAUGGAGCUGGCCAAAACCCGCAUGCAAUUGCAGGGUACCGGAGAGAAGAAGUCCUCCAGGAAGCUGUACAAGAAUUCUCUGGACUGCUUGGUACGCAUCUACAACCGUGAGGGUUUGCGUGGUGUAAACAGAGGCAUGGUCACCACACUUAUCCGCGAGACACCCGGCUUUGGAGUGUAUUUCCUGGCUUAUGAUGUGCUGACGCGCAGCCUUGGCUGUGAGCCUGAUGACCGUUACAUGAUCCCAAAACUGCUGUUUGCUGGGGGCAUGGCUGGUAUUGCCUCCUGGCUUUCCACCUAUCCGGUGGAUGUGAUCAAAUCGCGGCUGCAGGCAGAUGGUGUGGGUGGAGUCAACCAGUACAGUAGCAUCGCUGACUGUAUACGUCAGAGUGUCAGGAGAGAGGGCUACAUGGUGUUCACACGAGGCCUCACCUCCACGCUGCUACGAGCAUUCCCUGUGAAUGCAGCUACCUUUGCUACCGUCACACUCAUCCUUAUGUAUGCACGGGGGACGUUGGAAGGACCAAAUGAUUGCGAGUCGGCUCCACCAAGCCACCACACACAGAUACAGCAGCAGGCCCAACCCUCCAGUCUGUGACAGCACAGAAGUCGCAUCCUCAACUUUGGCACUUUACAAGACCACGGAAAGACAAAAAUGUACAAAAUCUGUACUACUAUUAGACCAGUCAUUCCUAAUUUUGAGUCAGAAAAUACCUGGUUUAUUAACUGACUUGUUUUUACUUUCAUGUGAAAAAGGAAACAAAGGAAAAAUGUAAUUUAUUUUUAGCAAUAAUUUAAGUUUCAUGUUUGCUUCUUAAGAUGCAGACUUGUAAAGAGGUGGUGUCAUCUCUGAUAAAAUGGAGGGAAAUUGGAGGUUCAUGAAAGCUUCUAACAGUAGCUUUUAUCUUUGAGAAAUUUCCAGUGAGACACUGACAUAGACUUGUUAAGUAUGUACCACGUAGGCUCUGAAAGUUGAAUUCUCUGUUACUUAUAUCUUGGAAUGUAUAGUGUUUUGUUGCGUUUGUAUAUAUAUCAUUACUUUUGAGUAACUCUUUUUUUUUAUGUAUAUUGGAAAACAUUUUCCUGCCUUAUAAUAUGAAUACUUUCAUGUUGCAUUAGGAGACACCUGUUUGGACCUGAACUGUAUCCUCUGAAGAGCUACGGAAGUGAGAGCGAGAGAGGGAGAGAGAGAGAGAAUGUAGCAUGUGAUAAGGGAUGUCUGCAGAACUUGUCACUUGUCUGCUUUCAAACCAAAAAAACGUUGCAGCUAAAAUCUGAUCAUCACUAAAGCACGACCAUUCAAUACAGAACAUAUCAAUACUCACAGUUACAAUAAACAGACUGGUCUGACGAGCUCUUCAGGGAAUGCAGGCAAAGUUACUGUGUUUGAUUCAAGUGUAGGCAGCACUGUUUUUAUGUGUGCUUUGAUUGUCUGUUUGGCAUGUUGUGUUUUACCAAAUAAUGUCACCUUUUAUCUUUGUGACUUUACUGAUGUGUUAAAGGCCUAAUCCAGUAGUGGAACAUGGCGCUACAUGUGGCACCACAUUUUAUUUUAUUUUUUGUAAAUGUCAUAGCUAAAUUAUAUUUUGACUAUAUUUCUUAAGCUGUAAAUGAUACGGUUAUGGCGGGAUUACAAAUCUGUGAUUGUGGGGGUCCCUUCUAAGAUGUGGAAAAGGUCCCAGUAUUUCUAUAUGGCCCUCAUUUGAUUUCCCAUUUAAUUUCCCAAGGGCUGCUGGUGAUUAGUGGCAGCAUGAAAAAUGCUAACAAAUAUGACCCAGUGCUUCAACAACAACAACAACAACAACAACAACAAAAUGACCUCAACAUGGGAAAGGGGAAAGAUAGAGUCCUCUGCAAAGUCUCGAAAAUGCCCCUGAAAUUGUAUAAUUUUAUUUUUUACCCCAAGUUAUCGUUUAUUGCACAAAAAAACCCAGCUGCAAAAUAUACUGGUAGUUUCUCUCUAAAUUUAAGAGGAAAAAUAUUUAUUUAUUUAUUGACAUACAGUGUGUAAUCUGGAUUGGGGCUUUAAUUGGCUUUAUUUAUUCUUUAAAGUUACUGUAUUAGCUUGGAAAUGUACAGAAUGGGAACUGUCUGCUUUCUGCAUGUGUGUGGUCAAUAUUUUCUUUUGUCUGUGUUUUUUUACUGAAUGUUGAAUUUGUGGCUGUAAAGCAAUCAAAUUAUCUUCCCCAACAAUCAGAUAUUAUUCUCCUUGAAUGCUUUUCCAGGCACUGUUUUCGGUUAAGCAACAAAUCAAACUGUGACUAUCAUUGUUUGUAUAUGUAGGCUUCAGUAUUUAUGAAAGGCUGUCAGAGACCAGAAGGUCACAGAUGCACUUAAACUUUAUGUACGUUGAAUGUAACACACCUGUAUUCACUCGCAGGUGUUUCUGAUUGAAAGUUAAAAAUUGGAAGGGCGAAAUGAUUUGUGGGAAUCUUGUUGAAAGUUUGUCACUAGUUUGAAUUUCUCAUUGCUGCUGAGACACUUGAAAAUCUCCCAAAGUUGUAUUGUGAUUUGAUGACGGUUGGUGAUUAAAGCAGGAAGAUGUGCAAAGGGAUAUUUGGUAUGUGUGUGUUGAGGUUUUCUUGUGUUUAAUCAUUAAUUCCACCUCUUAAAACAGUGACUGUUAUUUCCAGCUAUACAGUAGAUUACAUCUGAAACUGCUAAUAUUUAGUCCCACUCAUGUGAAAGAUGCAAUAUGUACAUGAUAUAACUGUAAUGAUGUGAGAUUGUUUUGAAGUGAUUGGUAUUGUAAAUAUAUACAUAUAUAUAUAACGUAUAUUUUUCAGUCCAAACUAAUUGUGUGGUUACCUGCAUGUCUGAGUUUAAGCAGUUUUAAAAGUCUCGAUUUGAUCAGUUUCUUACAUUGUUGAGAUUUUGACUGAAAAACUGAAACCUAUUUUUUAACAUAGUCAUUAACUUGUUUGUCUAGAUUUGUCAAUGAUGAUCUGUACAAAUGGGCAA